CCGAAAUAGCGGGUUAGUUGGACUGUGCUCGCCGGCCAAACCCAAUUUAACGGCAGAGUGUAAAACAGUCUUAAGGAAAAUUCAUCCCGUUUAAAACCUCUAAAUUGAAUACAUUUGACAGUGGGAAAUAGUGCAACAACAAUGUCGAAGCGCAAGCGUCGAGGGACGGCAAAGAGCAUUAACAGCUCCCUUCUUAACCCUUCAGAAUCUUCUGCCCCUGAAAUUGUGAAUCAUCAGCAAUCCGAUAUACAUACUCCUGCAGAUCAAAAUCUAAAAGGCUUCCAUGUACCUGAAGAAACAAGUAGCUUCAAUCAGAAUGGCUCAUUGCGUAAAAAUGUCCCUCGACAGCAAAGAUCAAAGGGGGGACUACAAACUUCUGAAUCUUCUGCCCCUGAAAUUGUGAAUCAUCAGCAAGCCGAUAUACAUACUCCUGCAGAUGAAAACAUAAAAGGCAUCCAUGUACCUGAAGAAACAAGCAGCUUCAAUCAAUACUGCUCAUUGCAUGAGAAUGUCCCUCGACGGCAAAGAUCAAAGGGGGGAGUACAAACUUCUGCAACUGAUGAGGAAAGGAUUAAUACGGAACUCCCAAGUACGUCACAGAUCAGACCACGAUCACGUGCACUUAGACGAAAAAGUAAGGUGACAGCUGAUACAAGUCAUUCUGAAGUUAUCCCAGAGCAAGCUUCUUGUUGUUCGCAGUUUAAACCACGAGCACGUUCACGAAAAAGAGGGAAAAGUAAGAUAACAGCUGAUACAAGGGAUUCUGAAGUUAUCCCAAAGCAUACUUCUCGUUUUCAUGGUCAAUCAAGGAGGAACACCAGUCAAAAGGGGUUAGGCUCAUGGAAGUUUGAGCGGUACUUAGAGAGCAUAUGGAAAUGGCAUCCAGAAGAUAGGAAGAACUCAUUUACAUACCUUGACAGCUUGUGGUUCUCCUUGUACUCAGAACGUUCUCACAAAGCUAAGGUGUUGAAUUGGAUUACAAAAAAGAACAUAUUCUCGAAAAAGUAUAUUUUUGUUCCCAUUGUUAUGUGGGGUCACUGGAGUCUCCUGAUCUUUUGUCACCUUGAUGAAAGUUUACAAUCUAAAGCAAGAAGUCCUUGCAUGUUGUUGCUUGAUUCUUUGCAGAUGGCAAAUCCUGAGAGACUUGAACCUGGGAUCAGAAAAUUUGUUUUAGACGUAUUCAAAGCAGAGCACAGGCCAGAAAGCAAGGACCAGAUCAGGAAAAUCCCUCUAAUGAUUCCAAAGGUUCCGCAGCAGAGAAAUGAUGAAGACUGUGGCAAUUUUGUUUUGUACUACAUAAACCUCUUCUUAGAGAGUGCUCCAGAAAAUUUUAGCAUUUCGAAGGGUUACCCUUACUUUAUGACAGAAGACUGGUUUACUCUUGAACGGUUGGAAUGCUUUUGCCAAGAACUGCAAUCUACUAUUACGGGUACUUCUGAUUAUGAUGAAUGCCUCCUAGAUGACGGAGAUGUAGUGUGUCUUGAUUAGUGCUGGCAAAAUAAGCAAGUAUCCAUCCACCAACCCUCCCAACUAAAAACGGGUAGGAUAAUUAAUUUAUUUAAACUGGGUCAAAUAUGGAUCAAUCCAUAUAACCCUUUAUAUAAAUUGGAUAAAACGGGUUCAAAUAUCGAUCAAUCCAUAUAACCCUGUAUAAAAAUUGGAUAAAAUGGGUUCAAAUAUGGAUCAUUCUCCUCCAGAUCUUACAGUUCCAGAAGCUGAAGCUCCUGCUACCUCUAUUUGUUCAAUUGUGCUUCGUUGAACUUUAACACCUAUAUGGCCUUUGGAUCAAUUGCUGCUAUCAUCUGCGCCUUUGCUUUUUAGCUGCUGCUGCUGCUCUCCUUUAUGGAGUGAGCUUUUACUAGUACAUAGUAAGAAUUCUUAAUUAUUAAAUUUUUUGGAGCUGCUAUGUAAUGAAUUGGGAUGAUUAGGAGUUUUUGGGUUGUUUGUUCAUAUCUAUGGAUCUUUUUCCUUUUUAUUCUGAUCCCACUUGACUGAUGAUGAUUUCGUAAAAAGCAUGACAUGCGUAUUAUUUCUUGA